UUAUUUAGGUCAGAGUUUCCUCCUGCUUCAUGCUCUGAGUAUUUGGGAUUCGUCUAAGAUACUGAAAUCACUUUCAGAAUUAUUCUAUUAUUUAAUUAUCUAUAGUAUUUAUGUCUGGUUUAAUGCUGGCAGAUGCUGCCAAGUGGCAUAUAAUGUAAACUGGCUUACUUGUGCAUUUGCGAUUCUGUUAAAGUUAAAGGCCUUUAUUUGGAGACCCCUCUAAGGUUUUAGAAGGUUUUGGUUUUCAGGCUGUUCGUUUGGUUCUGACUAAACUGUUCCUUCACUAAUCAGAUAAACCCCAACACAGGUGAAUGCACACAACCUUGUGAAUAAGUAUUUAUGGAUACAAAUGCAUACACACACACAUUAACAAGCACACAUGAUUUGAAACUGCUUUCAGCCCACAUACUUUGGACGUGCAAAUGUGCAAAUGUUUGGUGAGGACUUGUGACCUCUCUAGUCACGAAGGCAAGGUUUAUAUAUAGUAGACCAUUAGACCUGAACACAUGCUUAGGACCGGUAGUCUGAUCAAAUCUUUGACCUGAGGGGUUCAAUUGAGACUGCAACAGUUUUUCUGCCUGCAGUGAUGAAGGGAAACAUGAUGGUCUUUGCUCCAUUGUGUUUGCUCCUUUGCUGGAUGCUGCCUGUAGACUCCAUGACGAUUCGAUACAACUUAAUUCUACGAGAUGCCAACCAGGACAUGCCAUGGAGCAAGACCAUCAAUUUGAGUAUGGUUGAAGAUUCAGUUGAUGACAUGUACUUUGAGUGCAAUAAUCAAAUGGCGCAAAAAGUCAACAACACAUACUUUGAGGAAGAAAAGAGCAUGGCUCUAUUUGGAGAAGCCUGGAAGGAUGCAGAAACUUGCAGUGAAGACAGGCGAGUGAGAGAGGAUAUCGCUCUAACCAAAGAUCACAUGCAAGCAAUCUGUGUUUAUACAGGUAACAAAUUGUACAAGGAGUUUAAUGUUGCAGUCCGGACACAAAGGAGCAAAUAUAAUAGCUCCUCAUUCCAAUUCCACACUUUGCAUUUCCUGCUGACAUCUGCCAUACAGAUUUUGAGCAGAAAUGUCUCCUGUCACACUACUUACAGACGAACCAGAAAUGAGUUUAUUGGCGAAGACAACCAAAUAAUUCGGUUUGUGUCCUUUACCUCCAGCUCUUACAGAACAGACUUAAAACUGUUCGGAGACGAGACCUGCUUUAAAAUUAAGACAUGUUUAGGUGCUUUUUUGAAAAACUAUUCACGUUAUGUUGAAGAGAAAGAAGUGCUCAUUCCCCCCUAUGAGGUGUUCAAGAUAACUAAGACAAUUAAAGGUAAGGGUAAAAUUCAAGGUCUGGAUGACUGUAAAAUUGUCUAUGAAGUGGAAAGUGCAGGAUGUAAGAGCAAUCUGAACUGCAAGGCUGCGUACCCAUGAGGAUUCAGUGGUUUUUGUCCAACUGGUGGGGAAAGCCAAUCCGUCAUCUUUAAAUUUUCUAAUUCUCUUGUAAAAACUGAAUUAAUUAGAUGAUAGAUAACAAAGCUAAACAUUCUCUUCAAUCCAUAACUUGCUCAGGGUUUGUUUGAUCAUUGCGGGUUUAUGUUUUACGCAGUCCUCCAGCAACAUAUUACGAUGUGUUCCAUUCCACAAGACAUUUUUUGUAAGUUGUUGGAAAUUGCAGAAAUUCCUGCUUUGGUUUAGUGAGGACUAUCAUUAAAC